AGCCCAUGGCGUCAGCUGACUCUCUGUCGGGAAAGAAUCAUUUCCGCAACAUCCGACUGCUACCAAUCAGGCCGGGAGUUCUGUAUUUAUCAUCUCUCCUCUGUUUAGGUUGGCCUGGGUUCUGGAACGUAAGCCAGCGCCAGACGCCGUGGUUCAGCGGGUUUUAUAAUGUACAAAAGUUCAUAAAAGAAGUUGUGUACUUUUCUCGCUCUCUCUCUCUCUUCGCUGACUUCAACGCCAUGUGAUCAGGAAGACAAGCUGGGUUUCCAUUUCCCCUCUCGGCUGGAGGAAACAAAGUUGUGUUGUGGGAUGUCGGCACUGAGAAUUACGUAGUAGGUUAAAAAUAACUGCGAUAUUUAAGGACUGGUGCAACGGAAUCCCAGACGAGAGAGAGGAGGGACGAGGAACGAGAGACAGUGACAGAGAGAGUGGUCGGUCUUGCAGAAAUGAGACAGCUUUAGCAUUGAAAAACCGACGUGUCUGUGUCGUUGGAACCAGGGAUGAAAUGAUUCUGUUAACAAGGAGGAGCAAUAAAUGGAAUCACUCAACAGGCGGCCGCAGAGUGAGUUUGACAUGGCUUUGACCGGGACUGUCCUCCCCUCCAUCAACACAUUCGCCACCGGCUCGAACGAGAAAGGCGUGGACAGACCCCUAGGGCAACAAACCGCGUGCAAUAGAUGGAGAGAAGAAAUGACAAACUUUAGAAGAUCCGCUGAACAGGAGGGUCAGAAUGUGGGAUUUAGGCGGGAGGACGAGGAGCUGAGCGAACUCUUAGACUUAGAUUUUAUCUUGUCCAACACCAUGAACUCGGAAACAACGAUCAGCACUGCCAAUAACUUUAACUGCCCCGUGCCCAACACGCCGGAGAGUGGCGCAGACCUGUACCAGAGAGAGCCUCCGGCCAGCUACAACAUCACGGAUAUUGGCGAGGGCCCACCGACCGGCGGCAGUUUUGUGGCUGAGUUGCUGAGGCCGGAUUUGGAUCCCGGUUACUGCCAUCUCAGCAGCCUGCACGGCAGAUUUGUAGUAAGGACAGCGACAGAGCCGGGCGAUUACAGCCAGCAGGCCACUGUCAACAAGCACGCUCCGGCCAUCGAGCCGCCUUUGACCCACCCGCAGAGCCACCUUCCGCAGGGCUGCCGGAAGAUCAAGCAGGAACCGCUGGGUGUGAGCACCACGUCGUGCUCGGCGAGAACAUUGGAUGGGCGGGCGAGCGGUGACCAGGUGCCAGGGAGCAGCCACCGUGCGGUGUGCAGGGGUAGAGCAGGUCAGCACACCUACCCCGGCAGGGUGAACUCCCCCCUAGCUUCAGAAGGCAUGCUUGGCCGGCAAUGUCGCUCCUCAUCUCAGAUGCUGACUCACCAAAGGGCGCCAGGCCUCCCCAUCCAGCAGGGUUUCCCUCCUCCAGGCAGCUUCCCUCACUUCCAGGACCAGCCAGCUGUCCAGUACCAAGAGCUGCUGCCUUCGGCGUUUACCCAGGAAGAGAAGCCAAGGAGAGGUCGCCGAUCUUGGCCCAGGAAACGGGUAGCGACUCACACGUGUGACUAUGCGGGCUGUGGGAAAACUUACACCAAGAGCUCGCACCUCAAGGCGCAUCUUCGGACGCACACAGGUGAGAAGCCCUAUCACUGCGACUGGGAAGGUUGCGGUUGGAAAUUUGCUCGCUCUGAUGAGUUGACUCGACACUACAGAAAGCACACGGGACACCGUCCCUUCCAGUGUCACAAAUGUGACCGAGCAUUUUCCAGAUCUGAUCACUUGGCUCUGCACAUGAAGAGGCACCUGUAGCUCAACGACAAACUGCUCCCAGUCUUCAGCCUGUAAAUAGAAAGAUUUACUGCCUUAUAUACAGUGCCCCGGGGUCAGAUGGAGGACACUGGCGUAACCCCAGCAUGUCUUAUCAGUGAAUAAUACUCGGAAAGUGAAAUCUCUUCGCUGGAUUAAAAGCCUCGCCCUCUUAAUGUACCGGGUGCGGUGUACUUCCAAACACCGACAGAAAAGACCGGAGCUUUGGAAGUCAGGGUGGAAACCAUUCUCUGCCGUUUCAGGUGGUAACACAGCCAUCGUAAACUCGCGGAAGGAUCUCACUUUCAGUGCAACGAAUUUUAUUUUUUUUCCUUUUUAAAAGGGGGAGUUCAGGUACAUAAAUGCUGUUUGAAACACACAAAAAAAAUCCAAAAGAAAAUAAGCCAUGAUGUGAUGGUGCUUGGUGACUUUCUAUCAGAGGUACAAAAAGUGAAAGGAAAACUAUGCAACAAACCUGCCACUGGAUAAGGAGAUUUACCCAUAACGUCAGGUUCACGGUAUUGCCAAGGGUCAGGUAACGGUUUCUCGUUCAUGUCGCUAAAUAUCAUUCUGUGGUCUUUGUGCAAUAACUGUUAGUCAUUGUAUUCUAUACUUCAAAGCAGAACAAAUUACAUUUCUAUAUUAUACUCCACAUAAUAUUUUUAUCUAAUUUA